AUGAGUUCACUGCACCGUGCAGCCUGGAGAAAAGCUGGUAUAUUUGAUGCUAUAAUGAAUUCUACCUACCUUAAUACCCGAAAUGAGGAUCUGAUUUUUAGUUUUGGUGAGAAAUGGUGUCCUGACACAAAUACAUUUGUUUUCCCUUGGGGAGAAGCUACAAUCACAUUGGAAGAUAUGAUGAUCCUGGGUGGUUAUUCUGUUCUUGGUGACCCAGUUUUUAGGCCCGUUGAUACGGAUGAAUUUGCAGAGGUAGAGAAGAAACUACUUUUAGCGAGAUCCGAGUUGGCCAAGUCGAAAUCUAAAAAGCCCUCGCAGAGUCUUUGGUUGACUAAAUUCAUGGACAGUGGAAAUGAGAUCGAGCACGAAGCGUUUCUUGCAUUGUGGUUGUCCAGUUUGAGCGAGUUGAAACAGGCUCUUGUUGAUUCUAGAAGGAUGCAGAAUGUUAAUGAGCAAGAUAAGAUUUUGGAACUUUUAAUUUCAGCCCCAUUUCAGUUAGUUCAGAUAUGGAUAUUGGAGAGAUUUUUAACAUUGCUUCCAAAGCCUGUAACUCUAGAACAUGGUCAGCCAAGGUUCGCCAAAUGGAGUGGCCUGAGGAUGGAGGAUAUGAUAGACGUAAGCUUAUCCAUUGACGAAGCAGCUGAUUUUUUUCUUUGGCGGCCUUAUGCAAUUGGAUGCAAAAACUCACUGCCUCACUACAUUUACAAAGAGAAGGAACAAUGGGUGUUGGUUGGUUCCGACAUGGAUGAAGAUCUAGAGGCGCUUGUCAGAUGCUUGAGGGUGAGUGAACUGGUUGGGAUAGAAUCGGAUUGCAUUAUGCAGUACCUCCCACACCGAGUGGCCAUGCAAUUUGGCUUUGAUCAAGGUCUUCCUGGUCAAGUAACGCGAGCUAAUUUGAAUAUAAGUUUAGCCUGGGAAAAUUACACUAGGACAGUUAGAGAUGAGCGGUUGUAUAUACCAUCUCGCCUCUUUGAGCCGGAUGUUACUACUCAGUACCUGGUGUGGUGGAGGAAGUCCAUGUCUGUUCAGCUAGCUGCAAGUGUAGAUUCUGUGACUGGAGCGAGAUAUAAGGGUUUGAAAAAGCAGUUGUUACUGAAAUCUUCUCAAAAGAAAUCUGCCAGUGGUGCACCUGCUUCAGCUAGUUUACCUAGGAUGUGCGAUACAGUCAGACCAAAUGAUUCAGAAAAGAAGGCCAUUGCUGAUAAAGAGAGUGCACAGACUUCAUCUGAAAAGGAAUCAGAUAACAUUUCUCUUGUUCCCCCUGGUUUUCCUCCCAAGCCCAAUCAAACAGGAACAAGCAAUUCAGAGGAUGCAGAUCAUCAAAUACAAGCUAAACGAUUAAAGGAAGGAGCUGAUGGAAACCACAAAGCUCAGAAUAUAAUCAGAAUGACUGGCGCACAAUAUAAGAAGUACACUGCAGAUCGAGUUAAGAGUUCAGGAAAAAGAGUACUGCUGAAAUCGGAUAAAAAGAAACCAAACAAUAAUGAAGUUGUCACACCAGGUUUUCCUACCAAGGGAAACAUAUUGGGAAAAAGGGAGUUGGAGGAUGAGGAUGGACACACAAGAGUCAAACGUUUGAGGAAAGUAACUGAUGUAAGUGGGAAAACUGAAAAUGUAGUCAUAUUAACUGGUUCAGAAUAUAAGGCAAUGUUGCUAAAUACAGCUGGAAGAAAAUCAGAUAAUCACGGUUCUCUUCCCCUAGAUUUUUCUCCUAAGCACAACACAGUGGGAGCCAAGGGUUCAGUUGACAGGAAUGGAUGCGUUCAGUUUGAAAGUUUGGGGAACAAUGCUAAUGGAAAAGACAAAUCUCAGAGAGAUUCUCAACUAGAAGGUCCAAUUUCCUCAAUUUCUGAGAAUAUUACUGUUCAGAAAAUGCAGGUAGAGCCCUCAGAGAUUAAGUUAGAAACUGAAAUGGAAAAAAGAAGCUCAAGAAUGGCACUGGCACAUGAGACUGAGACUACACCUGAUGUAUACCUAACGGGUAGAUUGGUUGGUUGUGGAUCACGUCAUAAAUGUGAAGGUUCUGAAACCCAACCCUUUUGUCAUCUUCCUGUUGGGCCAAGCUUACCAAAUUUAAUAAAAGACAGCAGUGAAGCGGGGGCUGUAAUUCAUGAGAUGUUCGGAGUUGAUAGAGGAAAUGGGAAAAGCUGUAGUCAUGAAGCUUGGGAUGUUCUAGCAUGGAAACUUGAAGCUAGGAUAAGAAAUAUUGAGAGCACCAUUUCCAGUGCUUUUAUUCCAGCUGCUAAAACAUAG